AUGCCGUUUGACCAUCAUAGUGUCUGCCGUGCUUUUUUGUUGGGUAUCUGUCCGCAUGAUAUGGUCCCUGACAGUCGUCUACAGAAUGUCGUUUCCUGUCGGAAGGUUCAUGAGCCUGCUCACAAAGCAGAUUACGAACGAGCACAGAAGGAACGGGAUCAUUUCUACGAUGUUGACGCUUAUGAAAUAAUUGAGAAUGCCGUUCGUCUCGUUGAUGUUGAAAUCGCUAAAGUUCGCGAAAAGUUAGAAGAUGAUGUGAAAACCCAGACAUCACAAGCAGCAGAUUCAAAAGCUAAGCAAGUAGCAGAGAUUGAAGAAAAGAUUGCAAAGAAUGUAGAAGACAUCGAAAAGUUGGGAAACGAAGGAAAGAUUGAAGAGUCGAUGAAACUGCACAAAUAUGUGGAAGAACUCAGAGAAAAGAUACAUGAAAUUGAGGAAAGCCAAACGGAGAUUAAGACUGCUGGACCAGGAUCUAAUUCUGCAAAGUUGCGUGUCUGUGAAGACUGUGGAGCCCAGUUGAACAUCACCGACCACGAGUCACGUAUAGCGGAUCAUUACAACGGAAAAAUGCAUAUUGGAAUGGUUGAAACUAGAGAAACUUAUCUGAAAAUGAAAGAAACCAUCGAAGAACGUCGCAAGGAAAGAGAAGAAAAGUUGGGGUCCCAAAGAGGUUAUCAAAGAAGAGAUACAUACGGCAGACGUGACCGAGAUAGGGGAGAUUACAGAGGAGGCGAUCGUGAUCGUGAUCGUCGCAAUCGUGACAGAAGUCGGUCACGCGAUCGAUCGUAUAGACGAGAUGAUAGGGACCGCAGAUAUGAUCGCGACAAUCGUGACAGACGCGAUCGUCGCUACUGA